UGUCGCGCAUGCGCCGGGUUUGUACCUAGCCCGCCCGCUGCGUCGCGCAUGCGCCGUGGCUGCGCCGAGGCGCCAGUCGGCGAUGCGCAUGCGCGGCGGGCGCGCGCCGCCCGCGGCGCUGCUCUGCCUGGCGCUGGCGCUGCUGUCCGCGGCUGCCGCCUCCUGGCUGCUGGCGUCGCGCGCCGCGGCGCCGCCUCCGCUGCCGCCCCCGACGCCGCCGACGCCGCCGGUGCGCACCAUCGUAGCGUACUCGCAGCGUCGCCUCCACGAGCUGGCUCGCCGGCCGCCCCUCACCUGCGACUCCGACAUAGGGGCGCCGCCCCCAGUCGAUCGAGUCGGCGACGCGUACAGCGCGGAAGGGUGGGAAGAGCUGCUGGCGCCCGGGUUCAGCGACGACGGGUGGCCACCAGAGGCGUUCGGCCUCUCUGCGGCUGCACGGCCACUCUCCGGCGCUGGCGGACGCUCCACCGUCACCGAAGGGCACGUCUAUGACACAGCUACAUCCGCAGUCGCUGAAAAUGUCAUCGAACGGGUGGAACGAACAAUGGAGCUGGGAGAAGUGCUGCAAGGUACUGUGUACGAUUACAGUGGUUUUCCAAUCAAAGACGGCGAUAAUCAGUCCACAGCGGAUGCCGACUUCGAGGUACGUCAGCAGCUGCCCAGAAGAGACAGCCUUGACGACAAGGGUGGCCUCGCCGACUAUGGUGGUUGGCUGCCGCCUGACGUGGGGACGGCUGUGUGGCCGGUGGCUCGCCAGUGGGCCAGGGUGCCGGGCGGCGGGGCGUGGCUGCUCUCCGCGCACGGCGACCGCCGGCUGCGCGACUUCCAGUACGUGCGGCUGCUGGCGGUGGGCGGCCGCCCGCGGCAGCGCCUCUUCUGCCGGCUGCGGCUGACCGGGGACUCGGCCUCCGUGCUGCUGGAGGCGCAGCCCACGGCGCUCUGGCCCGCACAGUGGGGUGACGGCGAUCCCGCUUCCCAGCCCUACUUGCUCUCCUGCUCGCUGCCUGCAAACCUCACCGUCGACCAGGUGGCGUCGGUGUCGGUGGCUGCUGACCACCCCUGCGCACCCCCCAGCCAAGAGCUUCACCUGGAGCCACCGCUCGUCCCAGAAGACCGCCCAGGAGCCAACAGGAGGGACUUCGCUGUCUGCCUCAAGGCUCUGCACUUCCCAGACAGGGAGGUGUCGGGCCGGCUGGCGUGGUGGGUGGAGGUGCUGCGUCUGCUGGGCGCGCAGCACGUGGUCGCGCACGUGUCGGCAGUGGGCGUGGCCGCGCAGCGCGUGCUGCGCCACUACCAGGCUCGCGGUCUACUGACAGCGCAGCGCCUCGUUCUGCCCGGCGACGCCAGGGGCGCCACAUCCGCCACGGCGACGCUCCUACGCAAGCGCCGCAUGGAGGUCCUCGCCUACAACCACUGCCUCUACUCCAACCUCGAGCGCUUCCGGUUCGUCCUGCCGCUCGACAUCGAUGAAGUAUGGUUGCCGACACGCAACUGGUCGUGGCGCGGACUGCUGGCCCAGCUGGUGUCCGAACAGAGGGACGUGUUGGUGCGCCACGCGUCGCUGUCGGCUCGCAACGUCUACCUGGUGGGGGGCGGAGCCUUCUGGUCUGCGGGGGCGGCGGCCGCCAAGAGCCUGGUGCGCACCGCCGCCGCGCUGGCCGUGGCGCACCACGCCGCCUCCCGGCCCGCCUCCAGACUGCUGCUGCCACCGCACCGCGCCGCACUCGCGCACUUCCGCGCCGCCUGCCCCCAACAGGAGGCUCCGGAGUGUCGAUCACCACCAGCGCAGCUCCAGCAACCCCUGACACCCAGCCUCUCUCGCUGGCAGCCCAGACUCCGUCGCGCCGUUAGGAGAACACUACAGCAUGUAUUUCCCCUCGACCUGAUCCAAACCUAACCUAAAGGUCUCACCGCAUGCUAAACUCCAGAAUCAGCUGAUGUCCGGUGUCACUCGUUGGCAGGCCAGGCACUGAUGCACUGUCAGGAGAAUGGUGCACCAUUUUCUUUCCUCAGAACCUAAUGCAUCCCUAAACACAAUCAGUGAUACAAAGAUAAGAGUGUUUCUCAUCUCAUUCCUAAAUUCCACAUGAGAUGAUACCAGUUUCGCUUUCUGGCAGACCAGGUUCCGGUGUACCAACAGGAGAACGUUCCAGCAUGUAAUGUCUCAGUCUUUAUGGCAACCAGUAAAGCUCUCAGGCCCAGGAUAUCGCCCCUCCAGCAUAACAUCACGUCCAUCCUCAAUCACUUGCUGACAGCCCAGGCUGCUGUUGUGUGGUGGUGGGAGAACGUUGCAGUAUGCACUUUCCCCAAGACCUGCUCCAUCUCUGAGCACAGCCAGUGUCGUAAGGGUAUCAGAGGCCCCAGAGUAUCGCUCACCUCACCCUCCACUCCAGACUCAGAAAACAUCAUUGUUCCAUCCCUGCUCAGAGCCAGUGAGGUGUGGGUCUCAGAGGACUCAGAACGUUGCUCUUACAGUAACUCUCAUCCUCACCCACAAGUUAUCUGGCACCCAAAUUCACCCACUGCAACCUCAAGUUGUGAUAUGAAGGUCUGAUGGGUUCCAUUCACCGUCAGAACUAGCUGACACAAAGCCUCACUUUACCAUAUGUUUUGAGAAGUUAUUUUAUUUGUCUUUUGACAGCCAUUUUCGGUAUUUCAGUAUGACGUCUUCAGGCUCCAAAUGCAAUUCAUGUAUAGACAUUCAGAUAUAUCGAUUUUUGGAUACUCAGCCAUCAGUAUCUGGAUACUCUGAAUUCGUUAUUCGAGUGCUUCCUUCGAAGGCUUGACAACAAACCGCACUUGUUGGCAGUCCAGGCUCUGAUGACCCAUUAGUAGAAUACUGCAGCAAGUAAUUUCUCCUGACACGCUCCAGCCUUCAUCACAAUUAAUGGUGAUGCAUGUCUUAGAGCUUCCAGAGUGUCGCUCAUCACUGAGUCAGCCCUAGAACUCAGUCUUGCUCACUUGAAGCCCAGGCUUCAAAGUACCAUCGUCUGGACACAGUGGCAUCUACUUCUUUCAAGACUUUGUCCACGCCUGAUUACAGCCAGUAAGAUGAACAUCUGAGAGACUUCAAAGUGCUGCUCACCACCAGGACCAAAUGGUAUUUAUCCAUGUUGCAGCCACCUAAAAAGAGCACAGGAUAACAUCUAUCCUUGCCUUAUAGAAGCCCAGGCUCCAACGAGCCAUCAGGAGGACGUUGCAACACUCCCUCUCCUCUCUGCUCUGGUCAUUAACUCCACGUCUCAGAAGCCCCAUAGUGUCUCUCACCAGAACUUCCAGUCGAGUACCAGGUGACGCCUUCCAUUACACAGGGACGCUCCACGCUGUGAAGUGCUUUUGAGAGGCUGUUUCACCCUAUUCUCUACCAAGAGCUGCUUCAGCUAUAGUCACUCUCACGCAUUUUAAAGCCUCGUUACAAGCUGUUGACGGAGUGAGAUGGCGCAGUGGUUAGCACACUGGACUCGUGUUCGGGAGGACGACGUUUCAAAUCCGCAUCCGGCCAUCCAGAUUUACGUUUUCCGUGAUUUCACUAAAUCAAGCAAAUGCCGGGAUGGUUCCUUUGAAACGGCAUGGCGACUUCCUCCUCGAUCCUUCCCUAGUGCCGGCCGGGGUGGCCAAGCGGUUCUACGCGCUACAGUCUGAAACCGCGAGACCGUUACGGUCGCAGGUUCGAAUCCUGCCUCGGGCAUUGAUGUGUGUGAUGUCCUUAGGUCAGUUAGGUUUAAGUAGUUCUAAGUUCUACGGGACUGAUGACCUCAGAAGUUAAGUCCCAUAGUGCUCAGAGCCAUUUGGACCAUUUGAGCGUUCCCUAGUCCAAUGGGACUGAUUACCUCACGUUCCAACGCACCAUUAGGAGAAAACUGAAACAUGCCAUCUGUCAGGAUGUUUUCAAAUUCUAAACACAUGCAGCCUUCUACCGCUCGGAGGUCGCAGGGUGCCGAACUUUACAACUCACCACCAACAUUAGCACAUGCUGGGUUCACCACCUGGCACCUAAUGCUCUAACGUUACGUCGUUUUCUAUAGGAACCAUUUCAGCAUUGUUCCACAGCUGUUUAAGAAAACCGAAGCCCAAUUAAUUGGACAAGGACUUCAAUUUCAGUCCUCAAACAUGAGAGUCCAAUGUUUUAAUUAUUGCAUUAUCUCCCUCUGUAGUAAUGGCAGCGAUGGACGCACUGUGAGAGUAUCCCAGACCUAUAAGUGGACCUGGUUCACAAACACCACACUAUUCAAUAACCUCCAUUCAUUUCUACAAGGUGCCAAUGAAUGUCAAAUCGCCGCAUGUGUUUCGUCAUUGAGUAAGCAACUGACAACAUGUAUUCGGAUAUGAUUGGUUUCUUGGUUGGUUACAUAUGUAGGUCGCUCAAUUGUGGAAUUACGAAGCUAAUUUGAGAGGAAUGUUACUAAUAUGUUAAAAUUGUGUUUGAAAAGAUGAAAUACGGAACUUAAGUUUGAUAACUCUGCUCUCCUCUUACAGUCUCAAUCUACUGGCAGUUGGUAAAAUCCAUUAUUGAAAUACACAGACUAAAACUACACAAUAGCUAAAAUAAUAUAACAAGGAGUUGUGACUUGCUGAUCACUGGGUAAAACAGAUGAAGCAGUCUUUCUGAAACGGCAUUAAAAUCUUCUAUCUAAUAUCUAAUAACAUAAGUAGGUCAGAACCUACACAGAAUCUUAGACAGAAAACCACAUUCGUUUCAUCGUCAGCUGAAGUAGAGGGCAGAUCAGCUGGUAAGCCGGUUACAGCUCUAUUAUAUCUUCAUAUGAAACACAGUCUGUUUGAAUGUCGUGUACAGGGAUCUGUACACAGCAAGCGCUGCACACUGGUGGGUCCUGUCGCUGGCGAAGGAUUCCAUGCAUCAGAAGACAGAGCCCUAUCAGAGGACCUGUUAAAAGUAUUUCCACACACCUCAUUAGUCGGUAAGGGAAACGUCAUGUUGUUUGUUUCGCUUGCUGCAGUUUGUUGUUCCUCAAAUACAACUAGUCCCACAAACACAUGAUCCUGUUUCAUGUAUAGGAACAAAAAAAUGGCAACUUGUAUUUUCCAUAUAGUCUUGCUUAGCUGCUUCAUUGCCCUGAAUUUUUAUAUGCCCUGGUAUCCGACAGAAGUUACGUCAUUGCCGUGCCUCAGUAUGUAAAAAAGAGGGCCGUAAAUCAGUUGGUGUUGUCUAACCAUUUGUGUCUCAGGCUGGGAAAGCAAUAUACCAUUCGUUGGGAUGAUUCUGAGUAGGAGUACUAUAUUGGUGAAAGAUGUAGCGUGCAACUCGUUUACCCCAUGAUUGACUAUCGCUACACUGGCUAGAACCCUUGCCAUGCUUCAAUAGCAAAAAAAAAAAAAAAAAAAAAAAAAAAAAAAAAAAAAAAAAAAAAAAAAAAAAAAAAAGUCAAAUGUUUGUGUUAAAUAAAGGUUUAAAACUGAUCGGGGAAACAUUUGACGAACCUAAUGAUUUCGAGCGGCAUUUAAAAGUGCGAAAAAUAUUUCUGUAAUCUAUUUUAGUUCUUACUCUUCGACAAAUAAUUACACGAAACAUUUAACUGAUCGCCUUUUCAAUUUUUUUAUUUCCAACUUUUUGUUCAAAACGCAUGAUACUACUGACACAUCAUUUGCCUUCCUAGCUUCUCCUCGAAAUGUGCUGAAUUUAGUGCUUGUCUCUAAGGAAACCACGUUGAUGGUUAAAUAUCACACCAAUGCAACUUUGUAUGUGCAAAAUAUCUUGGUCUUAAAGGUGAAGUUUUGACAUCUCAUUUGUCCUCCUAGAGUCUGUCGUUCUCAAAAUAUCUUAUAUUUAGUACUUGAUUCGAAGGAAGUCAUUUUAAAGAUCAAAUAUCACUCCAAAGCAACUUUUUUACGCAAGAUAGCUACACCUUGAACAGAUGAAAUUUUUGACUCAUCAUUUGCCUUCUUAGUGCCUAUUGUUCUUGAAAUGUCCAAAAUUUAGAAUUUGGUUCGAAGGAAGCCUUUUUGACAGCUGAAUAUCACACCAAUUUAACUUUUUAUGCACACAAUCGCUAAGGCCUUGAAGAAAUGAAUUUCUUGAUAUUUUAUUCACGUAGCUAGCUGGCAGCGUUCGUGAAAUAUUUCACUUUUCCCUCACUUUUGCUUAAUUACCCUGAGUACUUCAAAGCAAUUAAAUAUUUUUUUGCGAAACUAGACCAUACGCUGCUCAGUUUGAUUCCUUCUUUUUCUAUUUUCCACUCUUCGUUUGGCUAUGAAAUUGCAGUGGAAGAUCGAAAACAUAACAAAAUAAAUUUUUUUACGUGUGAAAUUUCAUCAUUCUUUCACUUACUAAUGGCUGCGUUUGUUGCUAUAGGUACACUUUUCUUCAUAAGUUAGAGAGAUUCUUCGAUGAAUUUUGCACAGCAUACAAACCAUACUUACUAGUGUAUGAAACUCUAGAAAUUAUUUAAUUUAUGAAAAAACGAAUGAGCUGUUAUAUUUUAAACUUCAUGUUUAGAAAAAACACAAAUUUUCUAGUUAAUUACCUCAAUUUUUACCACAGUUUUUAAUAGAUUUGUAAAAUUCUAGAGUUUCAUACACCUUUGAGUAUGGUUUGUUAGUAAGUGAAAAAAAUGAUGAAAUUUCACAUGUAAAAAAAAUUAUUUUGUUAUGUUUUCGAACUUCCACAGCUGUGAGUGUAAAUUCUGAAUCUUUCUUGGUCAUGAUGACAAAGUUUUAUGAAUUUAUUUGUAAAAGUAUAGACAGUGGAAAUUAAAAUGUCCUGUGAUGCCUCUCCUGACGUCCUACCCCUCUUAAAUGGCCAGUUCUUAUUCAAGCAAAUAAACCCUUAAUAAAGAAAAAUUCGGGCUCACGUUGGUCUACUUAACACCCCGUUUCUCCGUUUUCCGCUCUUUGAUUGGCUAUGAAAAUAAGGACAAAAAUCCGUUGUAUAAUUUAUUGUUUUCGUUCUGUUGAAACAUUUGACCAAACAUAUUCCAAGAAGUGCUGCAGUAUCGGAAGUGUGUCAAUGAAAAGUCGAAGUGUUCGUGACGAGCUCGGAAGGUUCAGUGAGAAGAGCGUAGCGCCCGAUAGUCGUAAUAGAAGCACAAGGUUGGUACGCAGCUCUGUUACGAAUGAUCAAGAAAUGCGCAGUCUGUGCUGGCUCAGUGUGACUUAUAGGUCACCAUUACCGAAAUACUCCACUCCUUCAAAUGGGUAAUCUAACAAUGAAGUCGUCGGGCACUGCAAGCUCUUCAUUUUAUUGAAUCGUAUUUAAAGAUUAUUCAAACAAUUUAUUAUUUUUCCUAACAUAUGCAUGGCACAGACACAACACAGACAAAGAGAAAUAGUUUACAAGUAAAUCAGCUUUUCAGAACAAGUUCGUCGCUCGCAGCAACAGUCAACUGAAAAGUUGUGUGAAGAAAAGGAAAAUUAGAGCUUAAAGUCCAGAAAAAUAACGACAGAUGACAUGCAGAACAACGUGCAGUUUAUUGGCCUGGCACAGAGAUGGGGUUGGCAUGCAUGAAAAAUUCUUUUAGUGCUCUUGAGACGCGUUGUACAAUAUUAUAAAUCGAGUGUCCCCCUUGAACUCUGAUAUAGUAUUGUUUAUACGACUGAUUGUAGUAGUCAGAUUUGCCUGUUUAGAUCAAAUGAAUAUACAGAAAUACAGCGCAGGCAAAAAUUAGUUUUUCUCCAGCGUUUUAUUCCCAGUGGUAAUCCAGUCAAAGUCGGUGAAGUUUUAUAAGAAGUGUAUUUCUUCAUUUUCAGUGAGGGAAUUUCAGUGUGGCCAUACUUGGCGUUCAUUCAUUUGAAAGGAUUACAACCACAGAUGCAAACACCGUGAAAGUGUACAGCGUUGUUUUGGUGAGUCAGCUUUUAAAGACGUAUGACAUAGCUGACACCAUCGACACACAUAAAAGAAGAGCACGCUUCAGUAUGCGUGAAUUUACUAUGUGAAAAUUUUGUGCGAGUUGGCUGCCGAAAUUGUCAAAGGUUGAGUAAAAAACUGCAGAUGUGAAAACGGAUCUGUGAGUGAUAUAUGCGACAGUUAAAAGGGUCUAACUUUGUACGCUAAUUUAAUACCGCGAGUGAGACGUUGGUCCAUCAUCUCACACUGAACACGAGACGGAAAUCAAGACAGUGGACGGAAGCCGGUGGAUCUACAGAGAAAUAUAAGUCGAUUGCAUCUGACAGGAAGGUUAUGGUCAUAUUUUUCUGGGGUGUAGAAGGGAUUCUUAUAAUUCAUUGCUUUUCAAAGAUACAUCCAUAACUGGCGAUUAGUGUGUAAGUCUGCUGGGACAACUGAGUGAUUAAAUACGUGCAAAGAUAAAUAAGUUACAAAAUAAAACAAAAGAAUCAUCUACUAACAAGGAGAAUGUAUCGGUUGGGGAAGGUACUUUCUCAGUAUGGAACAUAUAGGAUUAACGCGCGUUUUGUCGCCCUCGUGACUACUCCCAGAUAAUUUAGUUGCAACAGGGUUCACAACCACGAUAAACUUUUGAAAUAAAUGCGCAAUGCAGGAGACUUAUUGCUUUCAAAAUCUGCUCCCAUAACUGAAGGACUUUGUAGCUGGUAAACAUAUUGCGUCCGAUGAAGAGGAUAUGGCGUCGAAUAUGUGUAUUUUGAACACUUUCCAGAAUCGCACUUUUGGGACGAAAUCCACUGAAUGUAAAAGUAAGGGACGAAGAUUGUUCGCAUAAAUUGGGCUGCGUAGAUCAAUAAAUGUGUGCACUUUUUUUUUUUUUUUUACUUAAAAGGCAACGUCUUUCGGAAGGCACUUGAGCCAGCCUUUGCUAAAAUUCAUAUCAAACACCCUUAUGGCUCGUAGAUUGUACGUAUGGACGUAUGUAUCGAUAUACAUAACCACGGAAUCCACACGAAACGUACGGUGCCAUAUUCUUGCAGAAUAGUUAGACUUCUGAGAGGGUGAAAACUGAGGUCACCAGUUUCGGAAAGUCACACAAAAACCACCCAUAAAUUUGCAAAUCAUUUUGUAUGUGUUACCAUGAAUCACGUUUAGUGAUAUUCAUAGAGCACGUUAUGCUUGUAAACUUACAGGGGACGGGCAAAACAAUUUGAACACCUGCCCUUACUUGGGAAUGGUUUAUUAAUAGGGGGUUGGACCCCCUUUUGCCCGUAAUACAGCAACGAUUCUUCUUGGAAUAAUGGCCUAUAAUGACUGAAUAGUCUCCACUGGAAUGUUACGCCAUUCUUCGAUCAGAACAUCUUCUAGCUCCUGCAGUGAUGAGGGAGGAGGAAAUUUGCUCCUGAGUCUGCGCUCCAAUACCGCCACAAGGGUUGGAUAACGUUCUAAUCUGUCGACUGUGCUGGACAGGAAAGGUGCUGCAGUUCAGUUGCAUGCCCCUCAUGCCACCAUUGUACUGUCCUGGCUGUGUGAAUACGUGCAUUAUCCUGGUGAAAUUUGCCUUCAUUGUUGGGGAACAACAUUUGAAUCAUCGGGUGCACCUGAUCACCUAAAAUGUUCACAUAAUCGUUGGUUGCAACACGGCCUUUGAGAGUAAUGAUGGAACCAGCAGAAUACCAUUAUAUGGCUGACCACACCAUCACACUUCCACCUCCAUGCUUAACCGUUGGAAUCAAGCAGUCAGGAUUAUAGGCUUCUUUUCGCGUUCUCCAGAGUAAACCCGGCCCGAUGUUGGAAAUAACGAAAACGUUGACUCGUCGGACCAUACGACGAGUUUACACUGAUCAGCGGCCCAGGAUUUAUGCUCCUGACACCAUGCUUUACGCUUCUUUGCAUUGGUUGUCGUUACUAAUGGUUUCGGUAUAGAAGCUUGUCCAUGAAAGCUCGCCUUAUGUUAAUAGAUACACGAUCUCGAAGAUGGCUAUUGAGCUCUGCAGUUACUUUAGCCUCCAUAGUUUAGUAUUGUUUUGACACAAUAGGUGUUAGCGUAUGACGAUCUCCGCCAUUUAGUUUUGAUUUCGCCCACUAUUACAUUUACACAAUGAUGUUUUUCCAUGUUUUGUGUAGUUUGUCAUGACUGUUGAAGUAGUUGCUCUUGAAACGUUCAGUAAAUCCGCUGUCUUGGUUACUGCUGUUCCAGCUAAUCAGGCCCCCGCAACCUGCCCUCUUUGGAACUCUGUUAGGUCUUUCACCGCCCGUCGCCUUGACCUCUGAAUGCAAAUACGACGUGUGCACUAUUCGUAAACAACCUGUACUGAUGCCUAGUCCGUACUGAACACUCGCAGUCCAGCGCGAUAGGUGCCUUACCUGCAGUGUUGACCGUCGAACACAACCGUCCCAUUACUACCACUGUUCGCAUUAUUUUGCCUAUCCCCUGUAUAUGCCACAGCCAAACAAUACGCUGCUGCGAAAACUGUGCAUUCUGUGAGAAUGCCACUUGAACCACACCGCCAACUCCCUCAUCGUUUUGUGGUUUGGAGGAAUUUACUGGUAUAUCAUGAACUUUACUGAAAAUAUGACUACUCUGUGUGAUACAGGAAAGAUAAGAGGAGAUUACGUAAUCAGCAAGUACUGACCGUAUGUGUGGCCCAUCCAUGGUUCACACUAGCUGGUAUAUGAUUUUCUAAUGUGCAACGAAGUAUCUGAUUCUCAGUAUUCGCUCAGUGGGACAAUGUAAUAUCUCCUGGACAAAAUGAUCACUAUAGAGGAAAAUUUCACUUGACAGACACAGAAGAGGAAGUGCACAUGAAUAAUCUACCUGCAUUCUUCUGAUUAUCACGAAAACCACACUGAACCCUACCAGGGUGAUUUACUGACAAACUCCACUUUUUUUUUAAAAAAAAAAAAAAGUCCCUCCCUGUAAUAAUUACACCUCCUCACCAGAAGGAUCUAUUACGCUUCACUUUUCGAUAUGUGUAGCAUUUCAUUUCUAACCCAUUUCAGUGACUAGCGUUACUGAUGUUGCACCAGUCUUAAAGUUACUGACAAUAGGCCAACAUUGUUCUUUAAUCGAUUUUUUUUCUUCUCGCUAUUUUUGAAAAUUGUACGCUGCCACUGUAUUCUAAUUUCUUAAGGUGCAUAUUUAAUGACAUUAAAGUGGCGGAAUGCCUUAUGGAUUUUGUAAAUAAUUAUUCAUAAGAGACCUCUGUAUUUGCUAAGCAAAUGGCUCUACAUAAUUAAAAAUGAAUUCAAACAUUU